AAUUGAGAGGAAGAUAGUAAGAUUAUCAAACCACUUAAGCGUAGCAAGGUUAUUAACAAACAGUUACUUUUAGUUCCCUAUAAGCACAAUGGCAGAAGAAAAUUUACGGGAAUUUAUAAGGGAAAUAUUUUCCAAAGACUAUGAAGUAACCAAAGAAUCUAUAACAUCGUUAACCAAACCCGGUGAUAAUUUUUUAAGUAUUAUGUUAAAAGUUGAAGUGAUAUUGAAAAAGCGUGAUGAUGGUUGCGAAAAAAAGUUAAAUGCUGUAGCUAAAUGUGUCAAAAACUCUAAUGAAUUCGUCAAAAGUUUAUUUCCUACUGCUUUCAAGAAUGAAAUAAGAUUUUACAAAGAAAUAGUUCCAACGCUUCAAAAUUUUCAGCAGGAGAGAGGGAUAGAAGAUGUUCUUGAUAUGUUUCCAGAGUUUUAUGGUGCUAGAAUUAAUAAUAACGGAAGUGAUAAAGUCGACGAUAAGGCAGUUAUUCUUUUGGAGGAUUUAAAAUUCGAUGGUUACAUAAAUGUUGAUCGACACGAGGGUUUUAAUUUACCAGAAGCAAAAAUUAUCUUAAAAGAUAUAUGCAGACUACAUGCCACCGCCUUGGGUUUAAAAUUUAGUCAGACAGACUUAUUUGAGGAAAAAAUUCGAAAAAAUUGUAAAAAGGCCAUUCCACCACCAAAACCGUCAGAUAAAGAAAAGUAUGGACAGUCUUUGGAAGUAUUCUUUAGUAUUUUGGAAGAUUAUGAAGAAUGCAGACCGUAUAUUUCUAAUCUUAAAAUUAAAUUUGACAAAAUGAGGAGAGCAAUCAAUGACUUUUUUGAUAAACCUGCGAGAGAACCAUUUGCUACAUUAGUACAUUGCGAUCUUUGGGUUAAUAAUACCAUGCAACUUUUUCAAAGUGGAAAUAUCAAGAAAAACAAGUUUGUUGACUUCCAACUGUAUUAUUAUCAAUCACCACUAACUGAUGUAUUGUUUUUCCUUUGGUCCAGUGUACAUUUAAACGUUCUGAAACAAGACUUUGACGAACUUCUUAUCUAUUAUCACACAGAAUUUACAGACCAAUUGAGAAGGUUAAAUUGUAAUACAAAUUUGUUUGAUAUCGAUAAAUUUUGGGAGGAGUUAGAUGCUGUAGCUCCUAGUAAUUUCAUGGAUAUCAUGUAUAUGACAAUGUUUGUGGUUUUUGGUAAGAAGGAUAGAGGUGAUGAAUUAGAGACUGAUGAAAUUGUGAGAGUUGCUAAAGAGGACGUUCCAAAGGCUGCAAGAGACAAAAUUGCUUUUAUGGUUUCCGAAUAUGGAAGACGAAAGUGGAUAGAGAAGAGUGAAUAAAAACAUUUGUGAAAACUAUAAUAGAUUUAAAAAUUUGUAAAUAUAAAAAUAAAUUAUUAAAUUU